AUGAAGAAUGAGACAUAUAUUGAAUAUUUUUACAUUUUGCCAUUUUCUGGUGAGACAAGGAAUAAACCGCUCAUUACCACUUUCUUCUUCUUGAUAUAUCUGGUCGGAGUCCUUAUCAAUUCCUCCAUUAUCACAGUCAUAUGUCUGGACGUUCAGUUACAUGAACCAAUGUAUCUCUUUAUCUGUAAUUUGUCCAUUGUAGACAUAUUUCAUACAUCUGUCACAAUCCCUAAAUUGCUGCACAUGUUAUUGUCCGGAAAUCACUUUAUUUCCUUCUCACAAUGUUUUACUCAGGUCUACUUUUUCAUAAUUGCCCUGGCUGCAGAAGGAUUUAUUCUCUUCAUUAUGGCUUAUGACCGAUAUGUCGCUAUCUGCCUCCCCUUACAUUAUCAUCGGAUCCUGAAUCAGAGGAAUUGCAUCCUGAUAACUAUUGGGGUUUGGACAGUCGCCUUUAUAAACUCUGUAGUUUUUAUUGAAUCAGUUUUGAACAUGUCCUCCUGUCACUCCAACCUUAUUCACCAGUUCUUCUGUGAUACAAAGUCACUAACGAAGCUCUCCUGCACAAGCACACAAUUACUUUUCAUAAUAACAGGAAUAGAAAUUGUAUUUUUAAUAUUUGUCCCAUUGUUGGGCACUUGUAUUUCUUACAUUAAGAUUUUAUCGAUCAUCUUCAAGAUAAAGUCAAAAGAAAGCAGAAGUAAAGCCUUCUCCACCUGCUCAUCUCACAUCAUUAUCAUCAGUAUUUACUAUGGGACAUGCUUAGUGGGCUAUCUGAUACCACCUUACUCUGAUGUUCUGGAAUUAGUCUUCAAUAUCAUAUAUACAACUAUCACCCCCAUGAUAAAUCCUAUCAUAUACAGUCUACAGAAUUGCAAUAUUAAAAAUGCAUUGCUUGGGGUGAAAAAGAGAAUGUUUAUGGUGAAACAUUAA